AUGGGCGAUGAGAAUGGGUUCUCGGAGAAGCUUCCGGAUGGGUACGUGAUGCCAGUUGACGAGCUCUUUCCAACGGUGGUAUGCGAGUCGGGCUUUGCGGAAUCGAUGGAAGAUUUAAAACAAGAUGCCAGAUUAUGGUUACUGCACACGGGAGGGGCAACUCGUGUUGUAAUUGUAGUUUGCAUGAAGGAGAUUAUUGCAACCCAAGGGGUAUCUGGUGAUAUGGAGAAGAGGCAUACCUCUGAUGCAGAGGAGAUGGCAGGCGAUGGGCAGGCUCUAGGAAUACGCGACUCGGAGGGUUCUAGUGCGGAGGAGACGGCAGGCGAUGGGCAGGCUCUAGGAAUGCAUGACUUGGAGGGUACUGAUGAAGAAGCAACAGUGCUAAAUAGUAUCGAUCAGACAACCCAACGCAAUUGUUUGGCGAAGGAGUUGUUAGAGCUGAAUCGACACGCGAAGUUGAAGCGACCCCUGUUUGAAUGUGUAUGGUACGGCACUAUCUUAAUAACUGUGUACGAAAAUACGACGUAGUAGAAAGAGUAUACCACGGGCAUGUUAAGUGAGGAGGAGUCCAGUAUGAAGGUAGAUUGGUAGUAGUUCUUGUCCUUAAUCUCUUUUAAGUGAGAUGGAUGGUAAUGCCUAUUUAUACAGGUAUGCAUCCUUCAAGUAACUAAAAGGAAAUAUAAGGGAAAACAUAAGUAUCGAUAUGUUUAACCGUAACGUAAGUAAGAAAAACAUAAGUGCGAAUGUGUUUGACCUUGAGAAACUGCCAAGGAAAUCCUAUAAAACAUACGUAUAUCUGAAGUGGUGUGAGCGGAUAAAUUAUAAGAAACAAACCUGAACACCAGAUAAGAAAGCACGCUAUAAUCCCCUAAUCGUAUCAUGAAAUAUUAAAUGAAAUAAACGUAAUACAUACUCCAGCUGUAGUAAUGUUCAUAAAUAGAAAUAAUACUAAGUAGAGAAAUAUACGAUAUUAUCAAGGAGGAUAUGCAUAUGAAACGAAUUUAGGAAAUUCAACAACCCCUACUUGGGGGCCUGGAGGCCACAAUACAUUUAUACAGGGCAGCAGAAGAUAAUACGGAUAUUGUCGAAGCGUUUACGGCAACAUUGCUUCCGCAACCCCCCGCCGAUAGCCCCGAACCGAAGGAAUUUCCAAUUCCGCUACACGAUAUCUUAGGAACCAGCGCACGGGGAAGUUAGCUUUCUGAGGAGAUUGUGUUUGCUUUAGGGGUUCUACGGGAAUUUAUGGAGGGUUCCAUUCCCCACACAAAGCACUUCAGGGCUGUUCGCCGGGCUAAGAAGCUGUUGAAAUCUCGGGUUGGGUUGGAUGAUGAGGAGGAGACCUUUGCGAAACGAAAACGCCAGCGGCUUAGCCCCAUCGGUAUAUGGAAGUAA